AUGGAGAGAGGCGGGCCUCCCUGCAGACUCCACCUUGGGCGUGGAGAGGACAGAGACGGUGGUGAGGAAAGUGGCGCAAGGAAGGACGGAGCCUGUCACUCGGACGUUGUCAAGACUCCGAUGUCCAAAUGCCGCGUGCCCUCGUUGUCGGAAAACGCAUGUACUCCUCCACAGCUGCGCUCGACCCGCUCUCCGGGUGUACAUAAACUUGACCAACUCUGCCCUGUUGUGUCGGCAGCCGGCGGCCAGUAUCCGUCUGGCACUUCAACGCAGGCGGAACCGUGCGACGGCCUCAGUUCGGCGCACAAUCCUGCAGAUCGAAGGCCUUCGAGAAUUUCGCGGGAGCACCCGUCACCCCUGUCGUCGCCUUUCCCGGUGUCUCUGGCUUCGCCGUGCGACCUCUCGCUUCCGUCGUCGCAGAGCGCGGUUUCAGCCUUUUCUUCGGUGUCUCUCGCUUCUGUCCGACGAGUGAAGGCGGUUUCGUCUCGGCAGGAAGGAGACGCCUCCGCGUUUGUGUCGCCGACUUCCUAUUCGGGUCCGUCUGUCUCGCCAGCCAGUCCGCUCUCUGCGAUGUCUUUCGACCGAGUGUGUAGGCACCCGGCCUUUGGCUCCUGCGCCUCGGUCGCCUUGUCAGAAUUCACGACACCGGACAAAUCGCGGACAGACGACUUUGCAUCGGUCGCCUCUUCUUUUCUGCCGGCCGCUUCCCUGCCGGCUUCAUCGCGCUGUCCCUCCCGUCCGCAGUCCUGCCCCUCUUCGCCGAACGCCCCCCCCGCCUCUGUCGCCCCCUCUUUCGCGUCCUCUCCUUUUUUGUCGGCUGCUCUUCUUUCACCGGGACUCCGUCGCCAACGCUUUGCUUCGCCUGUCGGCGGCGCAUGCAGCGAGGACGCGCAGGCACGAGUGCCUCCACGUUUUUCGCGUUCGCUUUCACACCCAGCCACCCGCCGCCUUUCGGCGUCGACUCUGCAUGCGCGUGACGACUGCUGCGGAGAAGCUGUCGUGUUUUCUGUGGAGAAAACGGAGAUGAGGCGACAGAGUUUUUCCUUCUUCUCCUCCGCGGACUUCUUGGCCAAUGAGGACGGCAAAUCCCCAAAGUCUUUUCUCGGCAAGAUGCUUGCGAGGCCAAGACGCGUUCCAGGGACUCACUCAACGGCCUCUGAGGAAGCGUCUCUGCUCCAUCCUGCACUGGGAGACGAAAACGGCCUCUACGUCGCUUGCUUCCCUUCCGCAGCCGCUGCAGAGCUGCUUCGAAAGAGCGCAUGCGUUGUCCGAGGAGAAAUGAGGAGAACGAAAGCUCGCGAAGACGCCGCGAGCGGUAGGGAGCAGGGCAGCUUGGAGGAAGGGUGUGAAAGACGAGCAAGGGCAUUGUUAGAACCUUUACUCGCUGCGUUUCCACGAGCAGACGCAGCAUGCAGGCUAGACGUAACUCGACGGGGCCUUCAUUUUCUCAGCGCAGGCGAAGGUGUGGCAGAAGAGCGACUCAGCAGAGACAACAACGGGGGUCAGGAAACGAGUGCGAAUUCAGGUAUAGGUGAUGACUUAGAUGCGCAACUCCUUGACACAAGAAAACGAGGCGAGGCGAGGGAGGUGUAUGGACAGUCCAGCCCUGAAGGUGAGCGGCUGUCUCACGCGACCAGAAAGGAUGAGGCAGCUCUUCCCACUUCUCCCUCUUGGACUCUUCUCUGUCGCGGGGUUCCACAGCGUACGUUGCAGAACGGCUGUGCUCGCGAAGCGUACGUGGAGAAACAAGAAGUAUCGACACAAUCGCAUGCAGCCCAGACCCAGGGCUCGCCUUCCACACAGUUCGAGUUUCUCGGUUCACGGCAGACGCAUGCGAUGUCUGCUUCCUCUCCAGAGAGCAACCGAGAAGGAGAAAAUGCAACGGCGCUGUUGCUCAGUUCCGAGCGCCAGAGUCGAAGGACAAGACCGUCCACCGAUCAUCACAGAAGGGACAAAGAGAGUGGACUUCUUUGCACGGUUCAGGACUCCGCGCCCGCCGUUUCGCCCUCGCGAACUUCGCCGGUGCGUCCCGGCGAUCAGCCAGAUGCUGCCUCAGUUCGUGGAAGGGAAGUGACCAUCAACAAGCCGACGUUCGCGCAGCCUCUUCGUGGCUUCGACCGAAGUGGAGACGGCAGGGCGUCGAAAAGAGAAAAAUCAGAAGAGACGCAAAACGAGAAAGAAGAUAAUGGAGGAGACAGUGGGAGGAACCGACGCUCCGAUCAAGAGAGCGGAGAACCGGCGCGGGUAACUUGGGGUGUCGAGGACGAGAAGGAAGAUGCUGCGCCCGGUCGCGGCCUAGCAGAGGUGGAACAGGAGGAGGAAGGCGAACCAGAGCAGGCAGACUCCGCACACAUAGACAAGCCGCCGUCUCAGUGGAUUUGCCGCAUCGAUUCAGGUCCUGGAGGAGACACAGGCGAGCGAGAACUCGCAGAAACUCGGACUCCACUCGGAACAGACCUCUCACCCAGAGUGACAGCAACGCCCCUCGAAGGAGAGAGACGGAUAGAAGACAGGACACAGAGGAAGCACGGAAGAAGUGGAGGCAGAAUCGAAGAGAGAGGACCGAAUGGAGAUACGGAGGGGGUGGAGAGACGCACGGAGGCAAGAGCCGGAUGGAAUCACGAUAGGGCGGACGAUGACCUCGGAACAGACGUUGACGAAUCUUGUUCAGAUUCGCAUGCAUUUUCUUUUAUGCGUCUAACCCCAGAAGCCACUACAGACACGCUGGACACGAGCCCAGAGUCUGCUGUCCCGAUUCUUUUCCGGGUCUUCGAUGCCCAGGGAAGUUUGUGCCCGAGUUGUCGUCUCCAGUUGCAGCCACCCCUGCGUCGACCUUCAGCGAGUCCCUUCUGUCGCGGCGAUGGUCCUCCCCGCCUCUCUGCGUCUUCUCUCCCUUCGCUGCCUUCUCUCGCGUCCUUCGCCUCUGGGUCGUCGGCUCCGAGUCUGGAUCUCUCUUCCUUCUUUGCGACUGCGCGGGGCCAAGUCCCCCCUGUCUCGAUCGUUUUUGGGCGGAAGUCGGGAGGCAAAGACGGAGGCGCGGAGCCCCGGCCACGGGCAGAGUCUCUCGGGCCUGUAGCGCGCAGUCGAGUCUCGCGCUUCUUUUCCGGAUCGGAGACAGAGUCGGUGCUCGGCGCAGCUGCCGCGGACCCCACAGAGGGCGAAGUGGAGAGGAUUCCGCAGUGUCCAGAGGCCCGCAAAGGCGCCCGGCCCUGUGCCGCGUAUCCGCGAGGAGACUGGGUAAGCGAGGCAUCUUCUCUGUCGAGUGACAGAGACAUUUCCAGCUUCCAACGGUGCUCGUGUAGUGCACUGUACGUCGUGGGGAGUCUGCGGCUUCUAGGGGAGUGGAAGAAACGCAGAGGCGUGAGACUCCGAACGAGCCCGGAGCUCUUUCCUUACUACAUAUCGCCUCCAGUGUUCGUCCCUCGACAUCUCAGGGCAAUCAGCUACCGUUUUGCGCGCCUCUCCAACACCUCUGCGUCUGAGGAUCCCUCUCACGAGCCUUCCAUGCACGUGACUCCAGAGGGCCAGUUCGCCAGCGACACCGGAGGAGAGAGCGAAGGAGUUCAGAAGAGAGAGAUCAAGGGAGAGAACGAGAGAGGGAGCAGGGAAACUCUGGAGAGAGAGGCCAGUGGAGAGGUUCAGAGAGAGCUUGGUGGGGGUUCGAAGAGAGAAAUCGAGACAGUGCUCAAGGAAGAGGAUGAGAGAGGGAGCAAGAAAGAGGUCGGGAACGAGAUCCAGGGAGAGCAAGAGCGUGUAUCUGAAGCGUGUGAGCGAGUGGUGUUUCCUGGACCUUCCGGAACGAAAACAAGAGAGUUGCCAAGAAGAGUCAGAGACGUCGUCGCGGUCUCCAGUACCCACCCCUUCCUUCUACAGAGGGUGGACCGAGAGGGGUCACGCGUCGCCGAACAGAGAGGGGAAGGGGAGAGGAGAUUAGAGACCGGCAGUCAAGGAGAGCAAGACUCGUCAGAGAGAGCAAGAGGAGCGGGGAAAGGAGAGGGCGAGAAAACCUUUUCUUGGUUCUGUUGGGGAGGCAGCAGAAAAGAAGGAAACCCAAGAAGAGCCAAGCAGAAAAAGCGAGACGAAGGGACCUGGGACGUCGAACUCGUUCACGGAGACAGGCGUCUCAAACCCCCGCGUACAGCAGCCGUCAUCUCCCACACGUUUGGAGUGAACGACAAAGGUAUCUCGAGGCACGCGACCCACAACGAUCUCGUCGAGGGUCUUGCGUUGUGUCUGGGGACUCCGGACUGGAACCUGCCUGUUUUCACUCAAGGCGGUCGUUGGUACGAAAUGGAGAGGCCGGAGCGCGAGCUGUUCCUGACUCAGUCGAGUGUGUCUCCUUCCUCUUGCUGCACCUGGGAUGCGAGUGCAGCGUCUCUCUCUGGAGACUAUCUCUCCUUUCUCUGGCGCUUCGCGGUACUCUUGGUAUCUCGGUGUCGAUGGCCCUUCGCUGCGUGCGCCUCCACACCCGACGCUCGGCUUUCCUGUCUCCCUGUCUCUGACUGUCUCCUUUCGGGGGCGGCGCCUCCAGGAACCUUUCCACUCCCUGCCUCUUCUGCUUCCUUUGCCUCGAGCGCGGAUCCCUUCUCUGCAUCUGCGUCGUCAUCAUUCUCCUCAGCUUCCUGCCUGCCUGCCUCGCCUCGGUCGGCUGCCGAGUUCUCGUCCUUCGGCGUUCGCCAGGGGGGUGACGCGGAGGCGCCCCUCUUGCGUGUGGGCCGAGUGACGGAUGUCGGGAAGGUUCGCAGGCGCAGGCGCGAAGAGAAGAAGCUGAGAGAAGAAGAAGAACAUGGCCUCUGCUUCAAGUUCUUCGCGCUCCGAACCCUCACUCUUCUCGCGCACACUGAACACGCUCUGUACCUUGCAGCUGACUCUGACACAUCGACUAUGCCCUUCGUCGCUCUGUGA